GAAGAAUCUAUAUAGUUAAGUUGAUUAUUAUAAAUAUUUAACUAGAAAGUACCUCUUUAAAAGUGUAUAUCAUAAUUUAUCAUUCCACAAAUUGUGAAGAAAUUGAAAGAUUGAAACUCUAUUCAAUAUGUCAACAAGAGGAUCAUGGAUAACUUUGAAAAUCAGAGGAGUUGUUGAUGUAAUUUGUGCUAGCAGAUUCCAAUCAAGCUAUGGUGGAAUCAAGAGGAACACUUCAAUUGUGUCAACGGCUAGGAUUGAAAGUAGUUAUUGGAUGCAACCUAGUAUGCAAUUCUUUAGCACCAAAAGAAAAAUAAGCACUAAUGCAAAUAGAUUAAAGAAUGAUGAGGUUCAGCCUGAAGUCCCGGCUUCGAAAAUUUCGGCCUUUUCUUCUUGGGUUAAAUGGGUUUUGUGUUCUUUACUUUCUUUCAUGCUACCUUUCUGGAGUCAAUAUUGGGGAAAAUUUCAAAGAAUAGAAGGAGAGGCAGAGAUUGUGAUUGAAGGGGUUGAAAAAGUGGCAGAGGUAGUAGAAAAAGUGGCAAAUGUAGCAGAAAAGAUAAGUGAAGAUGUAGCAGAGAUGCUUCCUGAGGAUGGUGAGCUAAAGAAAGUGGCAUUGGUGGUAGAAACUGCAUCAAAACAAGCUGCUCAUGGUGCUCAAACAACAGAGGAAUUCAUACACAAGGUUGAAGAAGUCGUUAAUGACAUGGAGGACUUAGAAUCAUUCGUUGAACCUGUCAUUGACAAGAUUGUGAAGAAGAAAGAAACUUCAAAGGACUGAUUCCAAAAUAAAAUUACCUUUGUAUACAUCAUUGUUUGUUUGUAUUAUUCAACCAUUAUAUAUGUGAAUAUUAAUUUAUUUUUUUCAA